AUGGUAGGCUGCACGGGCGCUCUUACUCGACUCAAGGCUCAGGGCUUUUCUGCAGAUUCAUCAUGUACAUCCAUGAUACUCUUAGCGGCCCUCUACCCGCUUCUGGAAACCAUCUCCAGACCCGGCGCGGGCGGCAAGAGGAGGAUAUCUGGAUAG